GAGGUGCUGAUGAUGCUAGACAAUUACGUGCGGGAUUUCAAGGCCUUGAUAGACUGGAUUCAGUUGCAGGAGAAGCUGGAGAAGGCUGAUGCUCAAAGCAGGCCAACCUCGCUUGCGUGGGAAGUCAAGAAGAUGUCCCCAGGGCGCCAUGUUAUUCCCAGCCCAUCGACCGACCGAAUCAGCGUGACCUCCAACGCCCGGAGAAGCCUCAACUUUGGAGGACCUCCUGCGACCGUUACCUCGAACCGCCUGGCUCCUUCUGGGGUCAGCUGGGCAGACAAAGUCAAGGCCAGCCACCCAGGAACAGCCCCCCGCUUGGAGGAAGUGGCAGCCCAGGGCCAGGCGCCCCCGGCAGCGCAGAAGCCCUCCCGCAGAAUGGAGAGGAAGGAUUCCGAAGGCUGGGAAACGGUCCAGCGAGGAAGGCCCGUUCGAUCCAAAUCUUCUGCCUUGGUCCCCAAAGCCGCUUCGUCUGUGGAAUUAUCGCAAUUUAAGGAUGACAGCGACAAAGAAAACGUCAUUCUUCCACCGCCAGACUACAAACAGAAGGGCUCGUUGGCCAAGGAUGCCGUGUCCAAAAAUUUAGAUCUAAUCCUGAAGGACCAUCAGUGUGAACAUCCGCUCGCUGAGAGGACUCAGUUCACAGGCCGGGUGUUUGAAGAGCUCAAGGUCUCCGAGAAGAUCACUGGACCUUUGCAACCCGUUUCCGAAGUGCCGCUUGUUCUCGUAGACGUCGAAGGCCACUCCGAGAGUCCACAGGUGGACGCCCACGUCACCUCCGUGGCUCCCACAAGUGAUGACGCAGAAAAUGUCAGGAGCGAAAGCGAAAUGGAUCCUGCAGACAUUUCAAACUCCAUGGCCGAGGUGCUCGCUAAAAAAGAAGAGUUAGCAGACCGCCUGGAAAAAGCCAACGAGGAGGCCAUUGCGAGCGCCAUCGCCGAAGAGGAGCAGCUGACGCGAGAGAUCGAAGCUGAGGAGAACACCGAUAUCAACCUGGAAACGGACAAUGACAGCGACUUCUCUGCCAGCCUGGGUAACGGCAGCAUAUCCUUCUGCGGCAUUUCCAUGGACUGGAAUGAUGUCCUGGCAGAUUAUGAAGCUCGUGAAUCGUGGCGCCAAAAUAAUUCCUGGGGAGACAUCGUGGAAGAAGAGCCAGCUCGCCCGCCAGGCCAUGGAAUCCACAUGCACGAAAAGCUCUCGUCUCCGUCUCGCAAGAGGACAAUUGCAGAAUCGAAGAAGAAGCAUGAAGAGAAACAGAUGAAGGCUCAGCAGCUGAGAGAGAAGCUCCGGGAAGAGAAAACGCUAAAGCUUCAGAAAUUAAUGGAAAGGGAAAAAGAUGUAAAAAAAUGGAAAGAAGAAUUGUUGGACCAGCGGCGAAGGAUGAUGGAGGAAAAAUUGCUCCACGCAGAGUUUAAACGUGAAGUACAGUUGCAAGCAAUUGUCAAAAAAGCCCAAGAGGAAGAAGCUAAGGUGAAUGAAAUUGCAUUCAUAAACACGUUGGAAGCCCAGAAUAAGCGCCACGAUGUUUUGUCCAAACUGAAAGAAUACGAACAAAGACUCAACGAAUUACAGGAAGAGCGCCAACGAAGGCAGGAAGAGAAGCAAGCCCGCGACGAAGCUGUCCAGGAACGGAAGAGAGCUCUGGAAGCGGAGCGUCAGGCCCGGGUGGAAGAGUUACUGAUGAAGAGGAAGGAACAAGAAGCUCGGAUUGAGCAGCAGAGGCAGGAGAAGGAGAAAGCCCGAGAAGACGCAGCUCGGGAACGGGCCAGAGAUCGGGAAGAGAGAUUAGCUGCUCUGACUGCAGCCCAGCAAGAAGCCAUGGAGGAGCUCCAGAAGAAGAUCCAGUUGAAGCACGAUGAGAGCAUCCGGAGGCACAUGGAGCAAAUCGAACAGAGGAAAGAAAAAGCCGCCGAGUUAAGCAGCGGAAGGCACGCCAACACGGACUACGCGCCCAAACUCACCCCCUACGAGCGAAAGAAGCAGUGUUCCCUCUGCAAUGUUGUGAUUUCCUCGGAGGUGUAUCUCUUUAGCCACAUCAAGGGGAAAAAGCACCAGCAAGCUGUGAGAGAGAACAGCAGCAUCCAAGGCCGAGAGCUCUCCGAUGAAGAAGUGGAGCACCUGUCCUUAAAGAAAUACAUCGUGGACAUUGUGGUAGAAAACACAAUUCCCACCGAGCCGAUAAAAGACAGUGAAGAGAGGCAGAAGAACAAAAAGAAAGCCAAGAAAUUGAAGGCACGGAUGAACUCAAGGGCAAAGGAGUACGAGAAUGGAAUGGAGUCCAAAAAUGUCUCCUGUGAGUCUCCGUACAAAGCAAAGCUACAACGAUUGGUGAAAGAUUUGCUGAAGCAGCUUCAGAUUCAAGAUGGUAGCAAAAUCUCCGCUCUGGAUAGGAUUCUGGGAGAUAUUUCACGCAUCCUGGAAAAAGAGAAUGGGGCAGAUCAGGUCGCCUUCCACGUGGCUGGCGGGUUCUCCGCUCUGGAGCAAGUCCUUCAAGUUGCGACCAUGUCCAUCAACCUGAACUCCGUUUCAAGAAUCCCUUUGAAAUCACUCUGUAGUACAAUCAGUGCUUAUUAUCUGGCCUGCAAUAACUGUCUGGAAAACUGCACCUAUGUUCUCUUCAGCAACAAGAUUACUUUUUUAACAGAUCUGUUGAUGCACCAAUUAAUGGUGUGUGUCCCAGAUGAUCACAGCGCUACCCCAGGAAGAGCCAUUAACAAGCAGGCCUUCGAAGGACUAAUAACUGGAGUGCUCAGGAUCUUGGCUGUAGUGUUUGAGUCUCUGAUAUCCAACCUACCCAACGCCAGUAACCAAAUUUGUGCACCAAAAUUGAUUCAAGAUACGAAAAACAAGACCUCCCAAGCGGAAAUUUUUAACAAUAGGAUACAAGACCUUAUCAGCUACGCGGUGAACAUCGGCUUAAUCGAGAAGCUGAGCUGCUGCUUCCUCUCGAUCCAAGGCCCGAUUGACGAAACCCCCAAAACGGCGGCCUUCUUGCAGAGCUGCACCGCCGCCCUGCAUGGGAUGUGUCAGCUGUGCUUCGCAGUCAACGGCAGGUCCGGGUUGAGCAUCUUCGCCGGGACCCACCAGGAUCCCACCGGGCUGACAGCGGCUUUCAAGGCCACGGAUCUGGUGGGCAUUUUGCACAUGCUCUACUGCGUUCUCUUCCACGGCACCCUAGUGGAACCCAGCGUGGGCAGCCCGAAGGAGAGCUUCGCGGCAAACACCCUGAAAGUGGCUCUCCAGAGUUUGCGCUUCUUCAAUAGUUUUGCUGUUCUCUCUCUCUUUUUUUUUUUCCUCCAGUCUGUGGUUGGCGCUGAAGGCCUCUCCCUGGCCUUCCGGCACAUCAUCAGUUCCUUGCUAUGGCACUGUUCCCACCACACCUGCGAAGUGCUUCUUCACGAAGUCAUUGUCUGCGUGGGCUACUUCACGGUCAACCAUCCCGACAACCAGGUAAUUGUGCAGUCCGGCCGCCAUCCCACUGUGUUGCAGAAGCUGUGCCAGUUGCCUUUCCAGUAUUUCAGUGACCCUCGGCUUAUCAAAAUCCUCUUUCCGACACUAAUUGCCGCUUGUUACAAUAACCCACAAAACAAGAUCAUUCUGGAGCAAGAAAUGAGUUGUGUGUUGUUGGCCACUUUCAUUCAGGAUUCUACAGAAAGCUCGGGCCAAACAGACAACCAGCCUUCGCAACAAAGGGAAACAUUCUUGGGUGCUCACGAUUAUUUGGAGCUGUCAAACAGGUUCCCUCGGCAAACCUGGGAAGAGGCCUGGCAGUUUUUCUUGAAGAAAGAGAAAAAAGGAUAAUUUAUUGAAUUGUUUGUUUUGAUUCGUUUUGUUUUGCCAAGACGGUUACUUUUCCUCCCUCUUGUUGAGCAAUUUUGGGUGUCUUGAAGAUGACGUUGGAAAGAUUCUUCGAUCUUGGCAACGCAUAUAUUGUAGAUAUAUAUAUAUAGAGAGAGAGGUAUAUAUAUAUAUAUAUAUAUAUAUAUGCAUGUGUGUAUAUAUAUAUAUAUUUUAAAAAGUAUAAUUUGCACUACUUCGGUCGGAAGACUUGUACAUAUUUUGAAAUCCUGUUUCAUGGUUUUGGAAAAGAAAAGGUUUAUUUUAUUGUGAGCGCUUAUCUUUCUGCAAUCUACCAUCGCCAGCUGGCAUUGCAACUCCCAGCGCUCCCCAGCUAGUAUGGGCAUUGUAGUUGGACAUACCAGCCAGAUGAUAAGAUUGAAGAAAGACCUGCUUGUCCCGCAGGUCAAAAAAAGUCAAAAUGGCAACCGUAUAAUCGAAACCUCGCCCUCUUUUUUUAUGUUUGUGGACCCCAUCCGGUCUUUUUUUUUCAUCCUAUCCUGCAAGUCCCCUUUUUCACACUGACCCUUGUGUCCUGUUUUUCUGUACAGUAGAAUAGUUGGCAUUUGUCCUGCUGCUAAAAGGAUGCUCUAAAUCGGUGGGUAUUUUUUUUCAAACUUGGCAACUUUAAGCGGUGUUCAACUCACGGCGAGCUGGGGAAUUCUGGGAGUCAAAAGUCCACACCUCCGAAAGUUACCGGUUUUUAUAUAUAUAU